UUUUCUUACAGAAAGUUUUCAGGCGAGAAGCAACAAGAAUGCAGCAAAUAGAGCUAAGUUAAAGAUGCUCCAUCAUAUUGGUAGCAAGCCAAUUAGAGAGAUUAUUUAUCAAAAGGGCGGAAAAGACGGCAACCCACCAGAUUUGGCAACUGUUUUCUUUGAGACUCGGAAGAAGAAUGACACACUUGUUGAUUAUGAAACAAUCAAGAAACAUGCUCAAAUUCAAGAAUUGGUGCAGUCUGAACCGUCUCUUCCUACCAUAGAAAUUGUAGAAAAAUGCUUUGGACCUCAAACUCGUAGCCAUGUAUUUGGAUUUGGUGGUGGAGUAAAGGCGAAAGAUUUUAAAGGUGGGACUUCCUCAAAGGUUGAUUUAUUGUCUGAGCUACGUUCAACUCGAGAAGAAAAUCAAUCUUUGAAGGAACGCUUGUCUAACUUUGAAAAUGAGAUGAAAGAACUGACACAAUUGAAAGAGUGGUUUUUAGCUCAACACUCCAAUUUCCAGCCUCCGACAUCAGAAUGCUCAGGAGAAUGACUAUUCCUUUGAUGAUACCAAGUUAGUAAUAACUUACUCAAAAUUAUAAUUUUCUUUAAAAUAUAUUUGCUUGCUUGGUCGAUUUUUGAAGCAUAAGCAUACUCCCUGUAUUGGGAUACGUGCCCUCCUAUAGCUAUUAACUUCAAUUGAAAUAUCUAUUAAGAGGUUAAGAAAUGAAAUAUUAACAUGAACUCUUAACUGUGUAACAUUCUGAUAGCUUCUUUUUGGCAAUAAAGUUCCAUGUUCUAGCUGGGUUGUAUUAGAUCGCAUAAAGGAUACAAAACAAGAGGUAGACUAUGCUAAUCCGGGGCAAAGACUGCAGUUAUAAACUAUAGACACACACAGUAAUUACAUCGUAGAGAUUUAUCUUACAAAAAAAUUUGCUUUGUCGCAUCUUAUUCUUAUGCUAGGCAUCUGCCAUUUGACUAGAUUGUAUGUUCCCUUGGCAUUUCUUGGGAGGUCUUGAUACUGAGAUGAAAAUUUCUGGUAGACAAUUAAUCUUUUAGGAACAGGUCUAAGUUUGUCAAUAGUGUCCCAGAUACUCCGUCAUGGCUGCUCCGUAACAAAGUUAGGAAAUGUACUAUUCAGUGCAACUUUCAGAGUCCAUAUGAUAUGGUAUUGAAUCUGCCUAUUCACAAUAUUAGUAUGAUCCUCCUUAUUUAUAGGAAGUGAUGCCCUUUGAAAGCUCCCAAAGAUAUUACAAUCGGGGUUAUAAGUAAAGUCAUCUUUUGCGCCAUAUUUUUAGGCUUUGUAGUAAACCAGUUGUUAAGGACAUUGGCUAGAGAGGUAGGAUUUGAUGAGUGAUCCCAAGAGGGAUUCCAAAAUAAUUCCAAAUCUUCUUAGCGACAUCACUUUCCACAAAGUAAUGCUCUGAGUAUUCUCUCUAACAGAAUUGAUACAACAAAUGGAGUUUUGAAAUUAUUGAUACAACAAAUAGAAUUUUUAGAUAUGUGACAUGUCCUCACUUUUAUUUGCACCUAAACAUUCUGAAAUCUGGUUGAUUAUAGUACUUAUGACUUUUUGAAAUCUUAUUUAUAAUGUUGAAAUGCUUUUGUGAUUUUCUAGUAGCUAGAAAAUAUUUGUAAUGGAGAAUAUAAGACUAGUUUAUGUCUGGAGGUAGUAGAGGGAAAAAAAUCAUCGGUAGAUGAUAGUAAAAUCGAGCAGUUUGAUUCGUGAAGAAGUAGAAAGAAGCAUAAGUUUUUCAACAUAAGAAAAUCAAGACUAAGUAGUUUAUCUACCUCCAUAUGAAAAAAGGAGACACAGGAAAAAUGUAUAUCAGGAAUGGUCUACAUCCUGAAGCAAGGUUUAGAAAAUAAAUGGAAGAUAUAAUAUAGAAUCACUGAUACAAUAGUUGAAACAAAUUACUUGUCAUCUUGAAGUGUCACAUACAUAAACAAAUUAGGUGAGUUCUCAUUAUUAUCCACUAGAAGACAAUUAUUAUGUUAUGGCAAGCUUGAAGAUAUAACAUAAAACAAGUAAUAGCUGUUAUACAUGUAGAUUUUAUACAAAUUUGUAGACAUCAUUGUUGCACGUUGAACUUGUUUGGUGGCUG